UCCCUAUCUAACUGCGUGUUCUGUUGUGCUUUGGCACAUGUCUCGUCGGCGGUAUUCACUCUUAGACACAAGUAGCCACCCGUCAUUCUUUGGUCACUCGACGUGCUCGAUCUGCACUUCUCUUGUCGUCGUCGUCCAUUCAUUUACUCUUCCACUAAUAUGCCAUUUAUUCGACCCUCUUCAUGUCUGAUAGCAGCUCUUGCGGCUCUCAAGGUUCAGGCGGACCAGUCCUUACUUACAGAUGCUGUCGCUUACAACAACUGGGACUAUGGUGACCGACCCUAUCAGACAUACCACUCUUCCCCCCUCAGGUCUCCGCGCUUCCUCAUAAAUUCAUGGAACAUGAACGCUUCUACAUCGGGGUCACACAUCUUUAUGGCCCCGGCGAACCCGGGUCAAAAGCCAUCACCCAUGAUCUUAGAUAGUAAAGACUUGAGUCUUGUGUACGCGGAUCCCCAGUGGAAUGGGGGCACCGACGCCAGGGUGCAGAUACACGAUGGCCAACCGUAUCUUACCUUCUGGUCCGGCUUCGAUCAAAAGGGACAUGGCACGGGAGGCGGCGUGAUGCUCGACACCAACUACAAUGUUUUCAAGAACCUCACAACCAAAGGUCUCAUCACCGGCGCCGAUAGCCACGAUUUCAAGAUGACCAACGACGGUGGUGCCAUCAUGAAUAACUACCACAUCGUCUACACCGAUCUGACGUCUAUCGGCGGCCCCGAGAACGCCACUCUGCUUGACUGCGCAUUCCAGGAGGUCGACGUCGAGACUGGCGAGAUUCGCUUCACAUGGAAGGCGACGGAUCACUUCGACCUAGCCGAAGGCCUGGCCGACCCCUACAGCGACGUAGAUACAGGCUUCGACUGGUUCCACAUGAAUGCCAUUUCGAAGACGGCGGACGGCAACUACCUGAUCUCGAUCCGGCACCUGCGCACCGUGGCGCUCAUCAACGGCACCGACGGCAGCCGGAUCUGGCAGGUCGGCGGCGUAAAGAACUCAUUCAAGGACCUCAGCGGCGGCAACGCCACCAACUUCGCCUUCCAGCACGACGCGCGCUUCACCGACGCCAACGAGACCGAGAUUACUUUGUUCGACAACCACGCCAUGCACAUCACGUCGUCAACGUCCGGGUGCACGCAGAACUGCACGCGCGCCAUGCGCAUCGCUCUCGACACCGACGCCAUGGAGGUCCAUCUCGUUUCCGAAUUCUACCACCCGCAGAGUGUCCAGGCCUGGGCCCAGGGCGGCUACCACCUGCUCCCCAACGGCAACGCCAUGAUCGGCUGGGGCGUGGUGCCGGCCAUGACAGAAUUUGACGCAGACGGCAACGUCAUCAUGGACGUCCAAUUGCGACCCUGGAAUACCACUGAGAAGGGUGGUGGUCCGCUCUACCGCGUCUACAAGUUCGACUGGGUUGCGAAACCUCUGACGCAGCCGAGCUGUGCCUUUGUUGAUGAAACAGUAUACGUGAGCUGGAAUGGCGCCACGGAGGUGCGUACUUGGGUAUUGUACGGUGGAAAAUCGCAUCUAACGAUGGAACCGCUCACGAGGGUCGAAAAGAACGGCUUCGAGACGAGCAUUCAGCCCUCGGAAGAGGUGUCCUUCGUCCGCGUCGACGCGCUGGAUGCGGACGGCGAAGUCAUCGGCUCUAGCAAUGUUGUUGACACAUCGAGUGGUGAUUCGGUCGGGUCCUUGAUUAGAUCGUGAGAGCUGUGUCGGGGACUAGGGUUGAAGAGCGAGCGCCAGUUUGGAAGAGAAGAGUCCGUGGUGCAAAUCUCUACCGACCAUGGUGUUGAGACUAGCUUCAGGGUGAAUUACAGGCCGGCAACUCUGUUUAAAAAAUAUAUGUCCAUGACAGGACCUUUUAAGCGCCGCGCCGAGCGACGUGGCGCGUCUGGGUGUGGACGCGCCAAGGGAAUCUAUAGCUUAACAUCCGAUCUGU